CGGUCCCAACCUUUGGGCCCCUGCCCAGGUCGGUUUCCCGCGGGCGUGGCUGGGUCUAAGCCCCUGCCCUGCUCCCAGCCAGCAUCCCCGCCCGGAGCUCUGCAGAGAGAAGCUCCCCGGGGUGCUGGGGCCGCCUCUAAACCUUAACCCUACUCGGGCCUUUUGGACAGGCCUCCCGGCUAUGGGAGGAUCAGAAAAACGGAUCUGGGGUUUUAAGAUCCUGGAGCACUGGGCAGGGCUGGCGUGAGGACAGUCCCGGACGCAGCAGAGGCCAGCGGGCGGGCGGGGAGCGCAGGCGACGCAGCUAUUUCGGGCGGGCGCUGGUGGUUUGCUGCACUUUCGGCUGCUCGGCUUCCAGCGCGGCCCCUGGGCCCAGCUCCCAGGCAGAAAUGCCGGCCCUUCACAUUGAAGACUUGCCGGAGAAGGAAAAACUGAAGAUGGAAGUUGAGCAACUGCGCAAAGAAGUGAAGUUGCAGAGGCAGCAGGUGUCUAAAUGUUCUGAAGAAAUAAAGAACUACAUUGAAGAACGUUCUGGGGAAGAUCCUUUGGUGAAAGGAAUUCCAGAAGACAAGAAUCCUUUUAAAGAAAAAGGCAGCUGCAUUAUUUCAUAAACAACUCUGGGGACAAACCUCAUCAUGAGUGGAAGAGCUAGUUUGUUUUUUAUUCUCAAGUAAAAUCCACAUGCCUUUUAAAGAAGGAAAGCAAAUUUAAAAGAUACUUUCUUAAGCACUAACAUAGAUAGGGUUCUCUAAAAAAGUUGUGUGCUUCUCGUCUUUGUUUGCUACACAUCCCUUUCAAGAGGGAAGAACAUUUCCAAGUACAAUUAUGGAAAUAAGGACAUUACUUGUGCAUGACUCACCUCUUUGGUAUAUUGCUUGAUGCCCCAAAUAAAGUUUUAUCUCCGGAA